AACCGCCGUACCGGCCUGCCUGCGGCUGUCCCGCCGUCUGUCCAUGGGUCCGGUCGCCUGCCUGGCCCCCGGCUGCCAGCGUGGCUGUGCUGCGGCCCGGCAGCCCCGCUGUCCCCCGCAGGCUGUCCCCGGGUCACCGGCCCGCGGUGUGGGGCACCGCUGGGUGCUGACGCCAUCGUUGUUGUCAACCUCUGUCCUCUGCCUGGUCAUCUCGUGCUUCCUAUUUGUAGUCCCCACUGACACGCAGAGCUGUGACAAGAUGACAUUCUAUGUGUGGAGUAAUGGAACCAAUGUUUACAGCUGCAGCGCUGGAGGCAGGACCUGUGUAUUUCUUUGACCAGAUGAAAACUAGAAUGAAAGAGAGGGGCAAGAAGAUACCAGAAGAACUGUCCUCAUAUUUCACUACAGAUCUUCCCCCUGGCUUUACUCCCAGCCCAGAUGAAGGCAGGAAUGCCAUCUGUACAGGCGAGCAUACAGAAAGGCAUGAAGAUGUUUUCUUAAACAAUGACACAACAAGAAAAGAAAAAUAUCCAGUUUUGCAACAAGUGUCUUGUCAUUCCCUGUGUAAAACCACUACGGAGGACACAAACCCAGAGAUCUCCCAAACAUCUUUGAUCCCACAGGCAGAUGAGGCCUCACCACUGAACAUGUUGAAUAAGUCUGAGGCUGCCAACAUGUUACAGGAACUUGGAGAGAAGUUGCAGCUCCUUGCUAGCUAUAAGACUGGCUUCCUUCAGGGACUUGUGAAUGUGCUAGCCUGUAGCUGGAGAGAACUCACUGAGGGGGUUGAUUACCGUAAAUGGCACCAGAAGUCAUUAGCAUACAAAAGUGUGAGAUCCAGGAGAAGCCAAGCCUCAGAGGAGGUUAAGAGUGGUUCUCCAGGGUCCAAAUGUACAGAGCGUGAAAUCACUGCCAUCAGAAAAGAACAAAACAAGGACAGCUUUGCUCUACCAGCCUGCACUACAAAGGCAAAAAGAAAACCUGAAACAGCAUCAAACAUGCCUGCAGGAAGUAAAGCUCCUGUUCUGCAAAAUGAUGCUGGCCAGUCACUUGUCACAAUCAGCUUCUCACUCUCAUCCAACAUUUGUGAGGAAAGAGGUUGGAUUUUCCAACUUUCUGACUCAAAUUCUGACGAUAUUCACCAGAAGCUGCCUUAUGUCCGGACAUCAAAGAGCAACACCGUAACAGUGAUGUUUAAUCAAGACGGAGGUCUGGUGACUAAUAAAGAUGAAGAAAUGGUCAGAGAAUGGAAAUGGCCUGGGGAUGGCAAGCUUGCCCAGCCAGUUAUAGCACAGGUUAAUGAAUACAUCACAGUGAGGAUUGCAGGGCGCUUUGCAAUUAGCUUGGUCUACAAGUGGCAACAGGAAAGUGUGUGCUUGUCUUUGUCACCGCUGCAGGGUGCGGCUCUUCCACAGUUAGAAGAAUUGCCAAAGUUGACAGAGCUGUUGGUGAAAAAUGAAGUUCCAGAGGCAACUUUAAGCCACAUAAAUGACAUCAGUGCAGCCAGAGAACUGACGAAUUUGCAGAAGAAGAUCCGGAGCAUUGUGGAUGACUGGCUGCGGUAUUAUCGCACAGCCCUAGGAAUUGACCGCGUAUGCCUUCAGAAAAUGUCUGACCUUCCUCUGCAACCCUUAAGGAAGGGCACAAUUCAGUCUGCAGAUGCUCUCCCAGUUACUUCAGGUUUGCAGAGAUCACAAGGGAAGAGGAAAGAGAACAGCCAAGCUCCCAAGUCAGAAACUCCUCUCCUUCUAGAUCAAAUGCAGUCGGCUCCUCCUUACAGCAUGCAGCGGGAACCGUACUCUUACCCUCUCAGGAGCAAGCUGUGGGUCACAUCCCAGGUGGCUUGUCCUGCCGUGCUUCGAAGAAUUAUGAUGGGGGAGGAAGGGAAGACAUGCAGGUGUAGUAGCCAUCGAAUUCCCUAUGUGUCAGACUUGGAGUAUGAUCACCUCAUUAGCAAUCAGAUGUCCUUUAAUGAGCAGAUUAUAGUGGUCUGUGUCUCAUCUUCUUCACAAACAAACAAGGAUCCUAGUGAAGACAAGAUAGAGCAGCUGUAUGAAAGAAAGAACAAGAAUAGAAGUAUUCCCUGUGUUCAGGGUUGUCUGGAUUCCUUUCGUCUCCUCAAAUAUGACAUCACUUCUGCAGAUGCAUUUACAGAUCAUAAGGAUUCCUUACUGGAAAAGAGACGUACUGUAGCUCCUGGCAUGGUUUUGAGAGGCGUUCACCCCAUCCUCGAGCAGUUCCCAGUCAGACUCACCCAGCUGUUACCAUGCUCAGCCAGAGCAGUUUAAUCUAUCAACAGGAGCAGUAGCAAUUCAGAACAGUUUCAUGGGCCUGGAUUUGAAGGCCAAAAAGCUUGACCAAAGCCGGACUGCAGGAUAUGAGCGUUCUCUAUGGACCAGGGGCACUCAGGAAACCUGCCAGAGGCAGCAGCUCCAGCUCUCCUUAUGUUAUCUGCAUACAGUGGUGACUUGCAAAGACCAGGAGAAGGAUAAGCUGUCAAAUGUAACUCUACCAGUGAAAUAUUGGAAAGGCUCACAGCAUCUUAUAUAGUCAUUACCAGAACAGCUCAAAAGCAAAAUAAUAAAUAAUAUUCAGAAGUUCUGGAACCUAAAAUGGGCUAUGGUUCUUUUCUGUUGGGCAACAGCACGACCUCUCCUGAAGAACUGGGAAUGGCCUGAUUGCAGUUUGGGAGUAAUAAUCAUUAAAAAUGAAGUCACUACAUUUAGGGUGGAAUGUAGUUUGUAGUCCUGAAAAAUCGGUCACG